GUGAACAAAUGGGCUGACCGUCUUUCAGCCGCUCUGUGUUCUCAAGUAUUUAAGGGCCAUUAAAAGCGAUCUCCUGUUUCAUCACAGGACGAUGGCCAUCCUCCUGGAAGGAAGAGUUUCUGCACUUCUUGUUCUCUUUUUCAGCACAGUGAAGACGUGCCAUCCCGGGUGCCGGUGUGAGGAGCAGAGUUUCGGGCUGUUCAACAGCUUCAGCCUGAUGAAAGUGGACUGCAGUGGACUGGGACCGAAUACAAUUCCAGUUUCAAUCCCUUUAGAAACUUCUUCGUUGGAUCUUUCGUCGAAUGGCAUCCGUUCUAUCGAGGGCGCCGUCUUCUCGGGACCGGGAUACACCACCCUGUCCAGUCUCGACUUGAGCAACAACCUUAUCUCUUCCAUAAAUGGAAGCGUUUUCUCCAAACUGCACUAUCUGGAGACGCUAGAUCUGAGCUGGAACUCCAUCCUGAACCUUGUGGAAGGUUUUCCGGGCCUUCCUCUCACCGAGGUAGAUCUGAGCGACAACCGGAUUCAUGAAAUCAACCUGAAUGUGUUUCGAGUUCAGGAUCGUGGAAGGCCUCUCAACGUGGAUCUGUCUUAUAACUUGAUAAUGUCCGUUAUAAGGAAUAAACUUUCACAACCGCUCAACAUACAUAGCCUUAAUUUAGCGGGAAAUGAGCUCAGUUCCGUGCCAAGCUUGCGGGACAUCUCUUUACGCUUCCUCACCCUGGACGAUAACCCCAUAUCGGUCAUUGAUGAACAGAGCUUCGCUGGAUUGAAAUACCUCGUCCACCUUUCUCUAAGCUCGAUGCCUGAGUUACACACCGUCAAACCUCAAAGCUUACACGAUCUCCAAAACCUCCAAGUGCUUGACCUUUCGGAUAACCAUAAACUAAAGACGUUGAGUGCAGAGGUUUUUCGUGGCCUUAAAUCACUGCAGGAGCUCAAUUUGUCGAACUGCUGGCUCACGUCUUUGCCGGCCAACAUCCUCCAGCUCCUCCCGAGUAUUAAGAGCAUUGCUCUGAGGGACGGAGUGAACUGUCGGAGGAUCCAGAGGCAGGAACAAUUUCACAGACACGUCGGACGGAAUAAAGCCGAGGCAGCUCUGACCUGCGAUGUGACUGGUGUCAUUUUGUGAGAUGCAAAGAAAUAGUUUGUACCUUAGCAGUUUUACUUGCUUCGGUGCAUGGAAUUAAGAGAGGCUGACUGUUUACAGCUGCUAUAACGCAAGUGAUAACAUACGAACUUGCUUCACUGACGUUCCAUAACGUUAAAUGUAUCUCUAAUCAAAGUAAAUGAUAUGUUGUGCACGAAUAAAUGACAAAUUCCCAUCCCAAGCUGCUGUAUGUGACAGUAUAGCAAAAUCAUCAACGUUAGGGUGCUAAAAUUAAUUCGGCUUCAUAUCAGGCUGCAUUACAGUGCACCGUCGUUGGUUAUUUUCUUAUAACAGCACGUUGUGAAGUGUUUUAUUCCUUACAUAAGCUAUCGUUGUAUGCUGUUUGAACGUAAAUUAAGUUUAUUAUUAAAGGUAACCACAUUGUGUGUAGUUUCAAGCGAUAGUUCCUUAGAACACUAAGGCAAGGUCAGGUACAUCACACAAGCCUUGUGCAAGCCAUCACGCAUGGUCAGUGCUUUAACCUUUUACAACAACAUGUCAUAUUCAUGAGUAUUGUUGAUGGAUUUAUUGUUUUUACUUUAUACAUAAAAGAUUUGUCUAUUUUAAAGGCUUUUCUGCUGGCAGAAACGAGAUUUUUUUUUUUAUUAUCGGUUGUGUGUGUGUUUUUUUCAUGUAAGGUGUAUUGUUACUGCCUGGGUGGAGGAAUUAUCACAUGAAUCAACCUGCAUAUUUAACCUAAGCCUUUUAGACAUAAGCCAUCCACCCAAUUCGAGAAGAGCUCAUACUGCCAUACUGUAUUUGUCAGUAGCCUACCAAAGAAUGCAUUAUAAUAUCCUUGAAAUAAGGGGCAAUACAAUGAACACAUCCAAAUGCAUGUGUGUGUGUGUGUGUGUGUGUGAGUUUUUUUUUUUUCUCACUAGUGAUCACGUUAUGCAAUUUUGCUUUUGAAGCGUUCACGCAAGGCAUUUCGGUAUGCCUUGACAUGAAAGAUAAGUGCAUAGUCAAAGCAGGUCCUCGCUCCACCGCAACAUGCGGGAUGUUAAAGAUCUCGAAUAGUUUGCCUCGCGACCUGUCUGGCGUCAGAGUGAAUACACGGAAUCCUUCUGACUUACUGAGAUCAUCAAGAUACGCCCCGUUGUUUUGCUUUCUUUCUUUCGGCUUCUUUUUCUUUUCUUUUUUUCCUUUUCAGCAAACUGCAUUUCUCAGUAUGUGUAAAAUGAGGAAAAAUCUGAUUUCUUUUUCAGCUUCAGUAACCGGUUCACCCUGAUCAGGGCGGCGGUGGAUCCGGCUCCUCUUCCGGGAAGGCUGGGUGUGAGGCAGGUAUGGCUGAUAGUCGCCAGUCCAUCACAGAGCACCACACAUGCACACAUUCAAACAUUGGGGCAAUUUAAUCAUCUAUUGGCAUGUUUUUGGUGUUUGGGAGGAAACCAAAGAACCCUGUGGAAACCCAUACGAAUAGUAACCAGAGCUCAGGCUCAGCUGCAGGAUCAGAGCUGUGAGGUAGCAAAGCUCCCUGCUGUAAACUUCUAUUUCAGUCAUUUUAAUCAACUUAAAUAUACAACUACGCUCCUAUCAAUAGUUUUGAUUUAGUUUA